AUGGCUGGACACCACGAUCCCAAGCUGUUGUACGCCUUCAAUGGCAUCAAAGCGUACCACAUCCAGGACGGCGAAGAGCAUUCCCUCACGCCCUCCGGACCACAAACGCUGUCUCUGUUGAUGGUGCCAACGAACUCGCCUUUCGCUGACCUGUCGACUACGAUACCUCAGAACGAGAUACCCGAUGAAGACUUCUACCUCCAUCUCAAUCUUCCACCCGAGCUGGACCUGCCAAUGCCAGCGACGACACAGAUCUACCACCAACCACCUUCGUCCUACCUCAUACCUCGUUGGGACCUCGGACCUAACAUGCACGCCUUCACGAAGAUCGAGUUUCCGAGGAUAGGGUACGGCGCGACGCAGGAGGACAUUGAUACGUUUGAGACAAUCCUCGCGCAGUGCACGGCGUUCCUUGAGCGCGCGAAACCGCCAGUGCCGUCGCGACCAGGCGAGAAGGGAGCGUACAACCCUGCAGACUAUGGUCCAGGUGGGAGAUACUCCGACAGCAAGACGCAUGAUCCAGGUCAGAUCGUACUGGUCGACGAAGACGACGGAUCCGUCGUUGGCGAGCUCGGAGGCGAAGCCCAGGUGGUGGAAGACUCGCGCUUGAAGAUGGGCAGCAAAGACCCUGUGGAGAUACAAGUCAGCCAAGACGGAAAGCGCAUCGAUGUGCGACCCGUCAGUGAAGACUAUCUCCAAAUGGCGCGGCACCCGGCAUACAAGAGCAGCACCCUUGUUCAGAACGCAGCGACCGCGUCCCGCCUGAUCGUCACUGGCAGCAGCUACAUCGGCAACGUGCUGGCCUCCGGCGCGGAGUCGUUCACGCAGAAGACCAAGCCCAAUGCUAAGCCCAUGGAGUUCAGUCCUGCCGCCCACGACCGCGUACGCCGGAUCAACACCUUCACCAAGAGCACAGCCGCCCUUAGUUCAAAGACCGUGGGCCGUGUUACCGACAUUGCCCAGAAUACCGCUGCUUCCAUGUCCGGUCAUAAGAAGAAUCGCGCCAAAUCGGGCUUUGAUGAGAAAGGCAACCCACUUGCCGAGGAGCAAUACAAGCCUGGCCUUCUCAACAAGAGCAUGAUCGCCUUCAGUACCAUCGCGGACGGCAUCGCUACUUCGGGCAAGAGUUUGCUUACGACGAGCGGUGCGGCAGCGAGUACUGUCGUGGGCCACAAAUACGGAGAGCAGGCUGGAUCUAUCACGACUGAUCUCGCUGGUGGCGUGAAGAAUGUCGGGCUCGUGUACAUUGACGUGGCUGGCGUGUCACGUCGCGCCGUCAUCAAGAGCGUCGCUAAAGGCAUGGUGGUCGGCAAGGUGCGUGGCGGCGGUGAUGUGGUUGUCGGAGGUGGUGAUGGUGGAGUGGUGCCUGAGCAGGACAUUCAGAAUUACCAGGGCGGUGGGGUGUCGAACGACAACCUACAAGGCGGAGGACCAGCCCAUGGGCCCUCUGGAGGCGAGUACAGGCCGGCAGGAUUUGGAAAUGCCGCACCGCCGCGAUACCAGGACUAUCCAGCGGGCAAGAGGUGA